AUUUAUUUUCCACAUCCUGUCAUUUCAAACUUGCAAAAUCCAAAUGGACCCUGUUGACUUCAAGCCGAAGGGAAUUCUGAAGAAGCCGCACGAGGCACCCGACAAGGAGGCCCAGUAAGUUCAAGCGCAUUCUGGUCAAUGAAUAGGAGAGAAUGGCAAAAGGCGUCUCCGACAUUUGUGUUUAAUGAACCACUCACCACGGUGCUUAGUCUGCGCUGGGACGAGGACAACCUGAGGAUAACAGAGGCGCAAAAGGACGCCAAAAUGAAGGUUCUCGAGCCGAAGACGCCCUACAUCCACUACAACCCCGAACUAGACGCCGACCUGCAAGAGAUGGAGGACCUGAAGCUCUGCUCUGAUGCCUCCUCGCGGUCAUCAUCAGUGGCAUCGUCGCCGAAGCAUGCUGUAGUUGCGCCGCCGCCAGACUGGGUGUCGGAGAGUGAGGAUGAGGCGGAAGAUGAGGAGGCGAAGGCGAGGCACGAGCGGUUCCAGCAGCUGCGCAAAAGGCACUAUCAUCUAGAGGGCAAGUACGUGCACCAAAAUGCCGAGGACCUGCCCGACUCGGACGUGUCGAUUGCGAGUGCUGGGGAUGCCGAUAGCAGCGAGGAUGAGCAUGGAAGGCAGGCAAAUGGGAGAGCAAAUGGACAUGCCGAUGUGCACGUCACCAAGGGGUUCAUCAGCACGUAUGGAGCCGACGAUGAGCAGGCGGGCAGAUCAAACAUGGAGCUCUAGGCUUAUCUUUGUCUAUUCAAUAACAACGGCACACUUCUUGGUUGAUUAGCAGAC